AUGAAUCUCAUGAAAAAGGAGAAGCAAUCUGAGAUAAAAGAGAAAAAGAAGGUUGAUUUCGAAGAGAUUGUCCAGGAGCAGGAUGCCGCGGCGAUCGACGAGUUUCGUUGCACGCAGAUCGCCAGUUUGGAUGAGACUGCUCUAUUUUCCUUGUCAUCCGGAAGUACUGGCUCGUCCAAGGCAACGAUGACGUCGCAUCGCGCCGUGAUUAACAACAUGAUUUACGAUGACUCAUUCGCUACAAAAGAUCACAGGGUAGUAAUGUGGUUCAGCACAUUACGAUGGAUCACUGGUAGCUUAAAUAUUCUUCGGUCAAUCUAUUACUGCAAAACGCAGAUUAUUUGCGACAAAUACGAGAAGGAGCUGGCAUGCAAACUGAUCGAGAAGUAUAACAUUGAAUUUGUUUGGUUUCAACCCAGAUUGAUUGUGAACGUAUUAAAGAACGGCCUUCUCCGAAAAUAUCAUCUACCAUCCUUGAAAAGGAUGGUCUUGGGUGGGAACGCUAUGAAGUCGCACUUGAUAGAGGCCUUGAUGAAGGCCUUGCCUCAUACGGAAAUUUUAUUUGUUUAUGGAAUGAGCGAGCUUUGUGGCGUUAUUUCUGUACAGAGACAAGAUGAUAAAAUAGGCUCCGUCGGUUACGUGAUUAAGAAUGUGCAGAUGAAGGUGGUCGCGACUGAUACAGGAAAGACACUAGGCCCGAAUGAAGUGGGUGAAUUUCUCUGGAAAUCACCGUAUAAUAUGACGGGAUACUAUAACAAUCUUGAAGUUACUAAGAAAAUUUUAGACGAGGACGGUUGGCUACGCAGCGGAGAUUUCGGUUAUUACGAUGAAAACGGGGGAGUUUAUAUAUGCGACAGAAUCGUGGACACCAUCAGGGUCAGCGGGUUCAUGGUUUAUCCCAUUGAAAUCGAGGACGUGCUCCUGAGGCAUCCAGCUGUCCUCGAAGUUGCCGUGGUGCGCAUGGAUAAUGACACCGUAGACGAAUGUCCGAUCGCUUUUGUGUCGAAAAUUCCUGGCACUGAGCUGACGGCGAAGGAACUGAUAAAAUUAGUAGCGGAUAAUUUAGAGGACUACAAGCAUCUUCGUGGUGGAGUACAAUUCCUGGACGAAUUUCCGCGCACAGACACCGGCAAGAUUGCGAAGAAGCAGCUCAGAGAUAUGGCAAAACGUUUUGUGUCAGAUUCUGUGCUUGCCGAAUAAUUACAAAAUAAUUAUCUUAGUAAUAAUAAUAUAUUAAUUAUAUGCGUUAAAGUGAUGUUCCAAAUAAAAAAUAAAUACAAAUAUUUCAAGAAUGAGACAAUUCCGUGAAAAAUGGAAUUCAAUUAUAAGUUACAUGAAAUCUCAUAAUUAUUUAUUAAUUCUCAGAAUUAACAAUUGCAUAUAUUUUUAGUUGACCAAUUAUUAUUAGUAUAUACAUUUUUAUUAGCUAUCCACGUGUCUCGCGUAAUAUCAUAUCGAUCCGAAGUUGCUGAUAUUUUCGGAUAUUUUGUCGCUAAUAAUGAAACUUAAUAAACACGGGAUAAAACUCGCGAUUCAUUUAAUUAGCAAGAAAAAUCUGUAUCAACCCUGCAUUUAUUCCUCACAACUCUAUAACAUAAUGACUAGAUCGUAUGACGGCUGAUCGCGAGAUGAACAUUUAACUAGAAAGCUAGAUAUGUCAAAAUGUAUAAGCAAAUAGAAAUACAUUUUAUUAUUUUUUGUAUGUUGCGCUGUAUUAAAAUAUAUUUCUAACGCGUUCAAAUAAAUUGUAUGUUAUAUGUAUAUGUACAUAUUAAAUUGUGAGAUUAAAAAAAAAAUAACAAAAAGAAUAUUCGAAAACGGAAAAUGGAUCACUUAUUGUAAUCGGUAGAUCUCUGGAGAAUCUCUGUAGAUCGACUUAUUUUUAUCAAAUUAAACUUUACUUGAAAGUA